AUGGCCACCAAGAGACGCAACUUUUUUGCUGAGGAAGACCUCGCUCUCCUUCAGCAAGUCCGGAGCGAGCGUCCAUUCCUAGCAGAACAAGGGAAGACAAUGGCAGCGUGGGGCGACCUUGCCGCUCAGCGGCAAAACGCCGUCUCCUCAGCAGCUUCGGGGGUGAAUGAAGAAUAG